UAUUGGUUUGUGUGUGCGUGUGUGUGUGUGUGUGGAAUUUACAUUCUCUCUCUCACACACCACGAGCUGAUUCAGAGCGAGGAAAGAGAGCGCACCGAAAUAUAUUUAUAUUAUAUUACAGAACUUACGAGAACAAAUAUUUGCAGCACGGGGGGGAAUGAAAAAACAAUUUGAUGUAUUUGCCAAAAGGGUGUAAAAAUUCGGGAGAAAAAGUAAAUUUGCGCGAAAAGCCCUUUUAAGGGUGGUCGUUAAUGUGAUUCUAUCUCCCUCACCCUCACCUGGUGAAAUAAGAAGAUGAAGAAAAAAAGGAACAAAACCACAAGAAGAAGAACGGAGAGAGAGAGAGAAAAAAAACGCAUUCACAAAGGGAUACACACACGCACUCUCACCCUCCGAUUGACAGCCUCCAACACUUCGGGAGACGUAAGAGCGUAAAAGAGUCUGGCCGUGCUGGGAUCUCCCUUAUAUUCAACGUGUGUACAGUACGCUCGGUUCGUAUACGUACAUACAACUAUACAAGUUUUGUGUCUGCGUACAGCCGUACGGUCGGUCAAUGUUUUUGUUCUCUCCGCACGCACUAUCGCAAACGCAAAAACGCAAACGUCGCCCGGACGGGAAAAAAGCUUCACGAGACCUUCUCCGCUACGCUAAAAAUGUGUGCGCCAGCCAACAGCCAUUGUGAUUUCGUUCGGUUUCCGCGUAUUAUUUUCUCGAUAUGCUGAUUUGCAAACAACAACCAAAAAAAAAACAAACAAAACGGGCCGUGAUCGUGACGAGUGAGUGAAUUUUUCGCCAUCAUCCACACGGGUGUAUUACCACCUUCGCCCUUUUUGCCACAUUUGGCGUCCCGUGUGUGCCAACCGUUCCAGCCUCUCAUCAACACACCGAGGGCCCAACGGCGGAAGAUGGGCAGGAGAGGCAGGUUGUGAAGGAAAAGGUUGCUAGAAGAAAAAGUUCAUCCCCAGCCGGAUGAAAGAAUCCUUGUGGAAAAUUGUAACUUACAAUGAAUUACGUACAGUGUAUGCUACGAUAGCACGUGUUGGAAAGCAGUGACUGAACCAUGCAAAAGAAUCUUACAAUUAUUAAACAAACAAAAGACAACAGCCCAGUACGCUGUGUGCGAUCGGUAAUGGUAUAAGGGGGUUGCGUGGAGGGCUCUAGUACCUUCAGUAACCCAUCGGAGAAGAAAUCAGUGAUUGAACGCCGCGGAUAAACGCGCUGCAAAAUUCGUUUUAAACGAACAGUUACUACGUGAAUCUACACAGUACAUCAGCCCAACGCCAUUCCACUGCCAUGUCGAAGUGGAAUAAAUCCCAGGGUGUUGUUGUACCCCUCGAAUCGUUGUUGAAGGAACGCCGGAAAGAGAACUGUCCUGCUCCACGUCGCUCGGCAGGACUGGUGGGCCGAUGGGGCAUCACGAGCUUUACCUCGAUACGGAGUCGAAGUUAUGUUGCGGAAUACAACAAUGUUGAUUUGAAGGAUCCAGCCGGGCUGGAUCUCGGUACCGGCGACUCACCAGAUAGUGUCGUCAAUCUUCUCGGCACAAACAACACGGAGUCCGUUCGGCCGCGAAAGUUCUUCAAAAGCCGCAAUAUCAUACCUCCACCACCGCCUCCACUAUUGCCGCCAACCGGUCCCAAUGAACAUCUGGGUCACUCGCCGUACGCAGCGAAUGCUGGUGGUCAUGGAUAUGGUCCACAUGCCGGCACCUCAGAACUGUGGAAUAGACCGAACGUCACGACGACGACACCGCCGCAACAGCAACAAUUCUACCAGCCACUGUCAGCGGCUGCAGCAACACCACAGUUUUCACCCACCGGUCCACAGUCAGCAAAUGUGGGUCUAUUUCCUGGCGGUCAUGUCGGCGAUGGUAUGGCCUAUGCAAUGCAGCAACAGCAAUUGCUGCACACGAUCCCGCUGACCAAGGAAAAGAAACCGGGGCGGAAAAAGAAAUCAACUCCUGCUACCGUUGCUACCCUCGAACCUAGUGAUGCAUCACCGGCGAGCGUACGGAAAACGACCAGCAGUAAACCUCCAAAAAAGGAAAAGAAAGAAAAACGAUCAAAAAAGGCGAAAAAGGAGUCGACGGUUGGUGAGGUGGAGCAGGAACAACCGAAACGUAACUCGUCCCGCAUACGGAACCGUGUGGUAAACUAUAACGAGGAUGAGGACAGUAACGAUUACGAGCGGUCGGUAGUAUCCCGUACAACCGUCACCAACAAUCACCUACAAAAUCCGCCUUUUAGUACACCCGAGUACGGUAUCCUGGCACCGCCAGCCGAUCCAUCGUUUGCCGGUGUACUCGAUCAGCAGCAGCAGAAGGUGCAGCAGUUUCAUCAGGAUUCGGUAGUACCGACGGUUGCCACACCGUACCAUCCGAUGGUACAGAGACCGGUGUCUUCAUCUUCGUCCCCGGCGGGUGGAUACCAUUCCGGUGGUGAGGGACGAUACGGUGCAAAGCCUAGCACAACGACAACAAUCGUCACCACGCCACUCCCUUCGCCGAGCGAGCAUCGGCCAAUUCUGCUGCGUAUAUCGAAGGGUACAUCGAUGCUAAUUAGUACCGAUAGUGAAGAGGUUUCGACAAACAAUAGUACACCACCCACGACCAUCAGUAAUCAACACUAUAACCAGCAGCAGCAGCAGUCGGACCAGCAGGCGGAAGACGAAGAGGAAGAUUUUGACGGAGAUUUGCCACCCCGAACGUUGCUAGCAGAACGUGGACCAAUCACUACCUUGGCGGAUUCGGUCGAUUAUCCGAAGCCUCAGCAACAGCCGCACAAUCAGCCGGUUGAAACGUUUUUGCACACCGUGCCACCGGUUGACGAAGGACCAUCGGUCGAGGAUGUGCAACCAGCACCAGUGCCGCCGAAAACUGAGCUUAAGAUAAAGAUAUCGCUCGGUGGUAAACCGUUGAUCAGUAGUACCACCAGCAGCAUCGGCGGUCCCGGUUCUACAACGCCCAGCAGCAACGUUGGUGGUGCCGGUAAAGCUACCAAGAGCAGCAGCAAGUACAACUUCAAAAAGCGUGCCAUCGAACGCGAAAAGGCCCGAUCCUCGCACCUGUCGUCCAAGCGCAGCAAGGUGGACAUAUCUGACGGUGAGCAGAACCUCCACGCGACCGGGCCCGUAACGACACAAUCCGUAACGUCCUCUACGGUGGCGAAGGAAAAGUUAGGAGGUGUGCCCGCCGUAUCACGUCCAAGUUUCCCACUGCCCGGUACUGAUACGUACGAGGUGUUCCGGACACUAUCCUCCCUGUCCGGUGGUGAUGAUUUCGAUUCACAAAGUUCCAUACUAGGCAGUGCGUCAUCUGAUAAUAAUACACCGAAGCAUACGCUAGCACCCGGUGAAGAUUGUCAAAUCAUCCAUAGCCGCGGAUCAAGUGAUUGUGGUAGCGAUUUGGAACUUUCGCAAAAUAGUUCCACGGCGGCCGCUCCACCAUCGGACGUUUAUUCGGAGAGUGAAAAUACGCAGGAUAACAAUCAGCAGCAGCAGCAGGUGGCACACCAUCAACCUGUCCGCACGGCGGCGGCGGCAGUAGCAUCAUCUCUUUCCCUUCCAUCCUGCACCACAACAUCCUCCUCGUCGUAUGUAUCCGAAGCACUGCCUCCGGUAGAUCUACUGCAGCAGCAGCACCAGCAGCAACAGCAUCAACCGCCAACCAGCGAACGGGUGGAAGUAUUGAAGUUAAAUCUCAAAAAUGUCGGUCACGGUACGCGCGUGACACGAAACAAAAUGAAGCACAGCAAUAACCUGCCGGACGAACAGCAGCAGCAGGAUACGCAAUCGUCACCCGCCAAACAGCUGCUGUUACGUGCAGGCCGCACAGGACGCAACCGGGCUGCAGCCGUCAGCAAUAACAACAACAACAACGUCGUCCGUGGUACGGUGAAUGAGAAGCGUACACGAAAGCAACCCGAGCCGGUUUCGAUGCGAGAAGAUACAGAGGGACAAAACAUGACGGAAACACCUAACCUGACACAAUCACCACUGCAGCAGUUGGAGCUACAAAAAGGACAGCAAGAGAAUGCGUUACAUCCGCCAACUGUUGGACUAGUGGCGGAAGUAACGUUGCCUGUGAAUGUGCCCACUUUAGAAACUAGCGUUACUAAGCCAAGCGUUACGCGUCAGUAUAGUAGGCGCAAGAAGAAUGUCGUCCCGCCAGAUUAUCUCGGUGAAGCGUCCUCAACCGGUGCGUUAUCGGGAACGGGAACCGAUUCGGUUGCUCCUAUAGGGGAGAAAACAGAAACUGCGACUGAAUGCGACCAGGACCAGCAUACGCCUUCACUGUCAUUGCGACAAAAUGGUGAUUUGAUGGCAGACUCGCAAGUUACAUCGUGUAGCACACUAACACCACCAGUUAGCGCCAGUCACGAGAUGAGUUCUGCUGUCAGUGCAGUGGUACCACCCGCAGCAGCAGCAGCAGCAGCAUCCGGUCCACCACCGCCGAUGCGUUUGGUGUUACAGAAAAAGGGAACCAUCUUCAAGAGUCGCCCAAUGGUCGGUUCAUCGGAUGGGGCAACCGACACCAAGAAGCGGCACGUCUACAAACACAAAUGGGACAACGACCACGGUAACGGUAUGAUGGACGAGCAGGGAGCAAUCAGUGGUGGUGGUGCGGUGGGUACCAGCACGGACACGGGCACGGGCAGUCUGGUUGGUUCGUCGGUCGCGGGGACAGGAAGUAACGCGUCAGGUGCUGGCGGUGGCGUUGGUAGUGGUAAAACGGCAGGCGAUUCAACGACCAUGCCCUACACAACCGACGACGGUAUGGAAGACGGUGAGCACGAGGGUGGUAAUGCCGGAUUAACGGGCGCAACCGGUGGCGUAGGUAUAUCCAGCGGCAAUCAAUUAGAUUACGAUGGGAACUUUUUCGACAACGAUACACCGGCAUCGAUACCGCCACGAUCGAAGCGGUUGAAAACGUUUGCCCCGAGUAGCAACCUUGCGGGUGCCGGUGGAUCAACGGGUCAGGGUGCAGGAGGGCUCGGUGGUGGUGGUAACGCUGGUGGUGGGACGGGUUUCGGUUCCACACACUACCACCAUCAUGGUCGUGCGCAAACGAGCGCUGGAGACGAAUACGACGGUGGUGCAGCGGAUGCAUUCGAUGAUGAUGCGAACGGUGGUGAGGAUGAGUACGGUGGUGGAGGAGGGAAAACGCGCCAAGCAAAACCUUUCUACACGAUCGUGCGUAACGUCAAGAACUCGCACCAGAUGCAGGAGAUAGGGGAAUUUCAGGAAAUGGAUGAUGAUGUCGAUUACAUACUGAGCGCACUCCAUCCGGACAAUCCGAUCUCGACCCGCUGCCUGUCCGCAUUACAGCUGGCGACCAAGUGUAUGAAACCGGCGUUUAAAAUGCACGUCCGUGCGCACGGUGUAGUAACGCGCUUUUUCCGCGCACUGUCCGACGCCCAUCAGGAUCCGAGCCUUGGGCUCUGUACGGCCGCAAUCAUGUACGUGUUUUCGCAGGACAAACUCAAUAUGGAUCUCGAUCGGGAUUCGCUCGAGCUGAUGCUGAAUCUGCUCGACACGGAUCACAAGCUGGACGGUACGCUUCAGCAGCAGCAACAGCAACAGGGUCAGCUGCAAAAGAACCGCCAGCGUGUGAAGGAACUGUGCGAGGAGAUAAAGGGCGCCGGCAAGGGUAAGCACAUCGAUACGGACCGCGUGACGGCGGGUUCGCUUGCGAUGGAAUCGUUGCUGUCGCUUACGUCGCAGCGGGCCGGCGAAUGGUUUAAGGACGAGCUGCGCAAUUUGGGCGGUAUCGAGCAUCUGAUCAAGACGGUGGCGGAAUGUUACGAGCAGGUACCGGCCAGUGCGUGCGACUGGAGCGAACAGGAUGUGGCGAAGCUGCGCAAAAUCGAACGGUGUCUGCGCGUGCUGAACAAUGUCAGUCUGUUCAACUGCCAAAAUCAACGGUUCUUGCUGGAGCAUCGGUCCGGUUUGUUGGUGCAAAUAUUGGUACGGCUGUACCGGCAGGUGGAUCGUGAUCUGAUGCACUAUCCAACGGACGAUGCGACACCAAAGGAAAGCAUCGGUGUGCUGUUGCGUGAGCUGCUCCAACCGAUGCUACAUAUGCUGAUCACACUCACGCACGCCUUCAACGAGGAGGCCCAAGGUGCCCAUCUCGUAGGAAAGCAACCGGAUGUGAUUAACAUUACGAUGCAUCUUUUGCUGCGGAUCUCCGAGUACGUCCCGCAGCGGUUCGUGUUCGAUCUGCAUCUGCUCGCGCUAACGCUGCUGUUGCAUCUUGCACGCCCAAGCCCACAGAACCGGCAGCAGGUACUGUCCUACAUGGACACUGAAACGAACCGUGGCGGUAUUAAAGCGCUGGUCGAGUACUUUGAACAACAGGAAGAGAUGGCUAGUCAUGCGGAAGCGAAAACGAACGCUAUAUUAGAAACACCCGCGCGUACUGUUGAUGCGGAGGAUGCGGAAACGAAGCUAAUUCAAAAAGCGGAACAUCAUAUGGAACAUACGUACAUGGGCAGUCACGUGUGUAUGCUGAUCAGUCAGCUAGUGAUGGGUGAGCAGGGCUACGAACAGAUUGCCCGAAUGCAUUUGAAAAACAACAACUUCAAGCGUAUGGUUGCGGCACUCAGCCGGUACUACGAGUUCCUGAACCUAACGACCAACGCGGACGCAGAAAGUACUGCACACAAACGGCAAACAAAGGAAGCCAUUGACUAUCUCAGUCAGCUGGACGGCUGUGAAUCUUCCGGUAACGCACGGACCGGUAAUACCGGUACCGACGCUACGGCUGCUACAUUUUGUGAGUAGGCGACAAAAAAGGGAAUUUGGUUUUGCAAAGUAAACAAAAAAAAACACGAACCUUGCAUUACUACACGAAGCCGAAGAAAGCCUUACCAAUUUGCAGUGUUUUAUUCUCCAUCUGAUGUUUGAGGGGUUUGUUUUUUUUUUUAAUUUUCCAAAUUGACUACAGGAUGGUAAAUUGUGUUGUUGCUGGUGUUUGCAGUUUGAUAAAAUUAUUUUCCAAAAACAAAAAUCACUAUUACAACAAACAAUUCGAUGAUAUGAAUACAUGUUUGGUAAAAAUUAUUAAUUAUUUAUUUUUUUCGGCCUCUGAAAUGUACAACAAAACCUCCAAAGUUGUUGCUUUACAGAGACGAAGAAUAAAGAGUACUGUAAAUAGCAAGGCCUUUUCGGUCUGUUACAAACAUACUUGAUGGUUUUACAUUUUGAUUGUUUUAUCAUUAGCCAUUACAAUAAAUGUAUGUGCUGCAACACCACUACACCAAUAACCAUUUACUAGCGAUCGAACGUCGAACAUAAUGGUGUUUCCCAUUUUCUACGUUAACAAACUUAAAACACAAAAAUGAAAUGGUUCUUGACCGGAAAACCCCCUUCCCCAGUGUAAAGUAGGCAUGAUAAGUUUACGUUUGUGCAAACAGGUAUAAUUGUGUAACUGUUUUGGGGAAAAUCGACAAAAUGAUGGGGAGAGACCGGGGGAUUGCAAAUCGCGAAAGGAAGGUAACGAUGUUGUAUGAUAUAUUGAUUUCAAAAUAGACUGUACAUAUGUAGAAAUGUAAGCCUCCCCUGAUUAGGUUAAACAAAGACGGUAGAACAGAGAGACAUGUGAGCUGAAAGCGAGGGAGAGAUAAAGAGAGAGAGAGUACAAUGCGUUUGUAAGCGGCCACUGUAUAAUAUUAUGUGUUGAGCAAACAAUUGUAAAAAGUAACAAUCAAGCAUGUUAAACCGAUUACUAUAAGCCUUGAACAAGUGAGUUUGUAAGUGGAGGGGUGAAAAAGCUGAAACAGUUAAGGACAACAUGUAGCGUAACGUUAAACCAUUUAAUGUAAUAUAACACUGUACGACUGAACACGUUGAUGCUGUUUCGUAUCGGAGCCGUAUGGGCGACUCCCUUGUUUCGUUGCGCCUAAAUUGAGAUGUAUGAUUAAGAUUGUCACGGUACAAUCUCAUAUCCUCCCGGGGAAAAAAAGGGAAAACGGGAGUAUAUGCGCGUUUCACAUGCCAGUUAAAGCCGGAAUAAAGCGACGAAGCAAAGAGCAAAAAACCAACGUACCAUAGAAUGAAUGCUUAGGUCUCGUAACUCUUUUAUACACGGCGGAAAUCAAUAAAGUGUAAGAGAGAAACCUGACUUAUAUAUAUAUAUACACACAUAGAAGUACGCAAAUAAGUUUCGGAAUAUGUGUUCUAUCUUAGGCCAUUAAUUCACUAGGAAGAGAGGUACGAAGUUCACACUUUAAAGGCCCCUCGCCCCACAAUGUGCGUAAAUGCAUCCAAAAGGGAAAAUCGUAAUCAGUUUUGUUUUCCUUUUUGCAGUAGUCGUUGGCAGCAGUAUAUGUAAUAAGUGUAAGAAAAUAGUAUGCAUCGUGUGGAUGCGACGAUGGCGGUGUGUUAUCAUCUUCUACCGCGAGCCACAGCCGCACAGGGCCCCGUUUGAUAGGUGCGUUUCAGUAGCUCGCAGACGGCAAAUAAAGAGCGCUAGUAUUUAAUUUGAAGAAAAAGUAUUAUGAAAGUCUAAAACCAA